CGGUGGUCGUUAGGGGCUCGUUUAGGGGGUUUAGUGUGUCGCCUUACAAAAAGUGCCAGCAGGAAGAACCAGGAAGGGAGGGCAAAUGCAACUUUCACCGCUCAUGUGGCACGGUGCAGAACCUGAACCUGAACUGAACUCGCUCUCACCACGACCACGACCACGACCACGACCACGACCCACAACCCACGACCUCCACGACGACGACGAAGCACCACCUGCAGUCUCCAUGGUACGGCGCUGCUCCGAAUAGUGUUCACUGCAUGGAUGGCUCCUGCAUUGCAUUGCAUUGCAACUCA